GCCCGUCCUUUCAUUGUGGGAGUGACCAGAAACGGCUGUGCUCACACAGAAGGGCACCGACAUGAACUCACGUAAAGUACUCACGUAAAGUACACUGUUGGAUAAUGUUAACACCAGGAUACUCUGCUCUGUAACGGCUACUGACUCUCCUUCAAACUGCAGUUUAGUUUGGGUUAAUUAAAAUGGCGUCCAAAGCAGCAGCAGCAGCAGCGGCGGGCUGUUUAACAUGGAGGGUAUUCAGUCCUUUUACCCUCCACGCUCCAUGCAGUUUAUCAGCACUGAAUAUUCGGCAGUGCAGCUCCAAACUGGCAACCCAACCGGACAAAACACCAAAGAGAUCUGCCUUCAGACCAGCAGCCAGCUCCACACACGACUGGAUCGGUCCACCCAACCCUCUUUCCAACCUGCGGCCAAUCGUGUACCACGUCCCUGGGAACGAAUCGGAGCUGGAGAAACGUCUGAGACACCUGAGGCAGGAGACGGAGGACUGGAACCACGACUUCUGGACCAAGCAGAACAUCAGCUACAGCAAGGAAAAAGAUGCGUUCAUCUUUUCAUCACUGAAAGCAAAAGGCUUGACGUUGCGUGAUGAGCAAGGACGCCGCCGGGCCCUGAACAGUGAAGAAAUGGCGGUGUUUUACAAAAGCUUCCUGGAAACAAACAGACUACGCCACGCGGAUUAUAACAAGGAAUGGUACCGACGUAACUUCACCAUCACCUUGCUCAUGGCCCGAGUCGCCCUAAAGAACAUGUGGAGGACUAUUACUGAAAGACACAGCAGCAAGAAAAACAGCUCUCCUACCACUGAUAAUAAAUAAUGUAUUCACCCACCCUAU